AUGUUUUCUUUAGGUUACGUGUGUUUUAUUUAUGAAUAAAGGAUGGCUCCUCCAACGAUACGUGGUUUUGCCCGAACUUGGAGCAAAGGGACUGGGAUGACCAACCUGAAAGAAGCAUUAAUUCAAAUGGUGGAAGGAGAGAAAGAAAGUAGACUGGUGGUCAUUUUCAACUCUGGAAGAAGUACAAGAGUUUUCCAGCUAAGUAAUAAUACUACAAGUAUGGUCCUUAGGCACUCCAGAGAAGAACAAAGUAGCCUGCAUUUAACUUUCCAAAAAAAUUGCUCCUUGUUCAUUGACAAAUUAUCCUGUGGAGAUGCUGAGAAGUUGAAGAAGUUUCUGGACAGAGUCCACCAAAAGACAUCUCAACUACCCAUGAAAUCUCGCUGUGAAUGGGUUAUUCUUGGUGGUGGGAAAACACAGGAGAAAAGCAACAAAAUCCCCUUUCAUAAAGUUGGUGACAAGCCAAGUAAUGAAUCCUUUAGUCUAGAAAAUGGAAGUGGAACAUCUGUCCUUCAAGAAAUGCCUUUGUUAAUGUCCAAAUCAUCAACACUUGUCAGGACAGGGUUAUUAGAAAAUCCAUGUGGCAAGAGGAAAAGAAUGCCAUCAUCUGAUGUAAAAAUGCAUGAGGACUUUCUGAAAGAAAAUAACCCUGUGCUAAACAAGAAAUCCAAGACAGAUCCCUUGAAGUGCAUCAGCAACAAUAGGAAGGAACCACUGAGUUUAGAAAAUCUAGAAAAGUGUAAUAAAUCAGAACUUGGACCUUUAUUCAAUGCCAGCUCUACUGGAAACCCUAACCUAGAUGGGAAUAGUUUUUCAACCCACCAUCUCUCUGUUGAAAGAAGCUUGGCAUUUCCCUCAGAACCAAAUUGUAGCCAGAAUGAACCAGGACAGAAAGAAUCUCAGAUGCCCUCUAACUCUCACCUACAGCAAAAACGGCAGGGCUUCCCCAAUUUGGGAAAUACCUGUUAUAUGAAUGCAAUUUUACAGUCGCUAUUUGCAAUUCCAUCAUUUGCUGAUGACUUACUUAACCAAGGAAUCCCCUGGGAGAAAAUUCCCUUAGAUGCUCUUAUCAUGUGCUUCAGUCAACUGCUUGUUUUGAAAGAUCUUUGUGACAUAGAGAUCAAGGGAGAGUUACUUGUGAAUAUUAAAAACUCCAUUUCCUCAGUUGCAGCCAUAUUCUCUGACGAUAUGCAGAAUGAUGCUCAUGAGUUUUUAAGCCAGUGUUUAGAUCAGAUGAAAGAAGACAUGGAAAAACUAAAUGCUUAUAUGACAGAGAGGGAAACUGGUGAAGAAAUUUCCCACCCACAGAUUUCUGCGGCUAAUGCUUCCACUAAAGUGUUUGUUUGUCCAGUGGUCACGAAUUUUGCCUUUGAGUUACAGUGCUCCAUCAUCUGUAAAGCCUGUGGUGAGGUUGUUUGCAAGACAGAACUAAGCAAUUAUCUCUCCAUCAACCUUUCUGAAGCAAAGCAAUCACUCCCUUCAUCCAUUCAAUAUUCUUUUGAUCUUUUUUUUAGAGCAGAAGAAAUUGAGUAUAAGUGUGAGAAGUGCAAGCACAAGUGUUCUGUUGCAAUGCACAAAUUCACUAGGCUACCCAGGGUCCUUAUUGUUCAUCUGAAGCGCUAUAUCUUUAAUGAUUGUCGGGUUUUGGUGAAGGAUAAUCAGCAAGUUGGUAUUCCUAUAUAUUUAAGCUUAUCCCCCCAUUGCGAUGAAAACACCAAACCACCUCUUCCCUUUAGCAGUAAUGCACAUAUUGAGGACUCUCAAGUUCUUAAAGUCUCUCAAGAAAUGAUUUCUGGGACCACUAGCUCAUGGAUGUCUCCAAUGACGUCGACCUCCACAUCCAAGGAUUUCCUGGUUCCACACAUUGAACCAGACAAGGACACUGAACCACAAAAAUGCCAGAGACUUUCUGAAGGAUCAAGCCAAGAACAGCAGCACAGAGACCCAGAAAAUGACUCCAAACUAAAUAUAACAGAGUCCGAAUUGGUCAACUCAAGAGAUAGCACAGCCAGUGAGAAGGAAUGGCCAGCAGCUGACUCAAUGAUUUAUUGGGAAGACACCUCUCUUUCAGUGAUCUGUGAACUUGGUGGUAAAUUCACCAGCAGCCCAGUUGCAGGUCUUGUACAGGCUCAUCAUCAAGAGGUGCCUGAAAGCCCAGAACCUAAGACACACCAGACAACAAAUGCAUCUGUAAAGAUAGAGUCUAACAGCAUCACUCAGUCUACGGAAGAUUUUUAUGAGAAUAAAGAAAACAGGAGUCCAGAAGAAUCUCAAGGAGUGGUUAAGCAGCUCCAGCAGUGUGAUGGGAAAAGAAUCUAUGAGAAAGUCCUUCAACAGGCACUGCCACAAAACCUCAGGAAGCCUGACGCCCAGGAACACACAGAGGAGGACCUCAGUAGAUCUACAGAGUUAAGCCUGCUGAAGGAUAGCCUGAAUUCCCUCAGAGCAUUGGGUUCUGGUGAGAACCCUGGAAACAAAGGCGUCUUAGGUAUGGAGAACACAGAAGCUGAGGCUGAGGAACAGAAAAGAAAUACCACAAUAUGGGAUCCUCAUCAUGCCUACAGGCUCAUCAGUGUCGUCAGCCAUCUUGGGGACUCCCCAAACUCAGGUCACUAUGUUAGCGAUGUCUACGACUUUGCAAAGCAGGCCUGGUUCAUGUACGAUGAUCUCAAGGCCUUGCAGAUCCAAGAGGCCAAUAUGCAGAAUGACAGGAGUUGCAACGGGUACAUCUUCUUCUACAUGCACACUGACAUCUUUGAGGAGCUACUUAGAAAGGCAGAGACUUCCCAGUCACAGAGCACAGAGUCACUGGCGAUGUUCCUUCAUGGGGAACAAGAAUAA